AUCACAGAAGAACUAAGGAUGCUGCAGAAAGACGGAAUUAGGGUGUUUAGUCCUGGCGCGAAAUCUUUAAAUUUACACACUUCAUAAAAUCAACACGUUACACUUGAAUAUUAGACCGAAUAUCAGACCGCUGGACAACAGACAACACAUCUGAACCUGAAGAUAAACAUGUCAGAGCCGCAGCGGUGAGUUUCGCUGUUGUUUUUUUAUUAUCAUGUGUCAGAGGGCGCUGGUUUGGCCGUGAUGUGCGACGAAGCGAAGAUGAGCGAGACCGAGACCGAGACCGGAGCGGAGACAAACCGGGGCGAGAAGCCGCGGAGGACGGUGUGUGUGUAUGACCGCAGACCGGAGAGCAGCGCCGCGCCGCCGCGGACCAUCGACAUCACGGAGGCGGACUACAGCGGCUUCCUGCGGGCUCUGAGACAGGAGUUUUCACUGUCGACAAACGAGACUUUUGUUAUCAGCACGACGGACCGAGGAGAGAUCGAUGCAGAACUUUACAAGGAGCUGGUCGACGGGAAAACCUUGCACCUGUUGGAGUCUGCGGAUCAGAAGCUGACUGCGGCGACUGAAGAGCGGAUUGAGUUUCUGCCGCACUAUCACACCCUGGUGCAAUGUGGCAUGUACGAAUACUACGCCAGCGAAGGACAGAAGGCGCUGCCCUAUGCCUUCGCUGAGCUCAUCGAUAACGCGCUGUCAGCCACAGCAAAAAACACAGGAAUCAGGAGAAUUGAAAUCAGAUUGCUGUUUGAUGAUUCUCAGGGAGGACCUGCUAUUGUGGUGAUGGAUAAUGGAUGUGGAAUGACAUCUAAACAGCUGAACAACUGGGCCGUUUACCGUCUAUCCAAGUUCAUACGAGAAAACGGCAUGAAGAGUGAAGAAACCGGUUAUGUGCGGCCGGAUCCAGUUCCACGCAGUCUGAACAGUGACAUCUCGUAUUUUGGAGUCGGAGGCAAACAGGCUGUGUUUUACAUCGGCCAGUCUGUCAGAAUGAUCAGUAAACCUGCAGGCUCUCCGGAUGUUCAUGAAUUUAUCAUGUCUAAAGAUGACUUUGAGCGCAAGGAGAUGAACAAGGAAGAAAUCUACUCUGGCUUCAUUAGAAACAGGAAGCCUGGCGAUUACUCGCACGUGAAUGAAAGCGAGGAGCAGUUUCUGCGGUCCAUUGUGGUUGAAGAAGAAGGAAAGGAGAGUUUUACUGCUGUUGUUAUCACUCGAGUCCAACAGGAACACGUCACCUUCCUAAAACAAAAUUUCAGUCUGUGGACCAGAGAGUUGACGCAUACUUACCAUUACUAUAUACAUGGAGUUGAUGGAAACGACCAGAAAAAUACGAGAACAAAUGACCAUGUCUCCAACAUUGACAUUCAGAUCAGUUUGUUCGAGCGCUCUCCUCGAAUGCCCCGUGUGAUGAAUCUGAGGGAGGUGGAUAAUGACAUGCAGACUCUGUAUAUCAACUCUAGUUUUUCUACUUUUGAGUUCAAAGCCACCGGCGCUAGAGAUUCCUUAGUGGAGGGAUUGAUCCGUUAUCACCCGUUCCUCUAUGAUAGAGAAACAUACCCAGUGGAUCCCUUUGCAUUAGGUCCUUCAGAGGAUGAAGAUGAAGAUUGUGUAAUUUUGAACUCUGAAGCUCGGGGCAAACGUCCGAUCUUUGAGUGCUUCUGGAAUGGGCGGCUCAUUCCCUACACCACUGUCUCAGAGUUCGAGUGGUGUGCUAGGCCUAAGAAAACAGGUGCAGUGCCAUUGGAGUGUUAUAACAGGAUUUCAGGAGUUCUCUUCGCCAACGACCAAUUCCAAGUCAGUACCAACAAACUUACCUUCAUGGACCUGGAGCUUCAACUUCGUGACAACAACACCAUUUUUACCAGAGUGCACAAUGGCCAGGAGCUGCGAGUGAAGAUUGAGAGGGAGUUUACCAACUGGCUAAAAGAAUGUCAUGAGCGCUUCGAUAAGCAGGUGAUGUUUCAGGGAUUUCUGGGUUCGAUGACACGUACAGAUGUUGCCACCAAACGGCUUCAGUCACCCUGGGCUCAGUUCCACACCAUUAAGUGGGACGGCAAGACUUACAAGAAAGGACAAUGUGUGAAGUCAGUGAAAACAAACCCCGUCUUUGUUGGCUCUAUAGUUAAGUUCUUGCUCUACGGAGAGCAUGAAGCAGACGUGUAUGCCACCGGAGGAUAUGUCCAGAUUGCACUGGAACCAAAGGAGUUGUAUGAUGAGCUGAGGAUCAUUCCCAUCUCUAAGAUCGACAGGCUGGCUGCACCCGCAACCAUUAAGAAGAAAAUCGAGGAUGAGCUCGCUAAACUUCCAGAUCGGCUGAGGGUUACGUGGCCUGAGGGAAACACCUGGGGAGAGAAUGAUGCUCGUCCGGCCGGCACACCCAUGGGUCCAAUUAAAGUGGAGAUUUUGAACAAGAAAGGAGACUCGAUGUCUCGGCUGCCCGUGGCUGGCACUACUAAGAAACUGUUGAUUGAGCUGAAAGUCAUCUGGCACUCUCCUAAAGGAGACGUCCAGACGAACUCCCACAUUGGUGUUCAUUCAUCCAAGUGGGAAUACUGGUUCAAGCCCAUGGAGAAUCUCAGUAAGCUCGGGAAGUACACGCUGCAUCUGCAGACCAUGCUGAGUGAUAACUCGGCCAGCGAAUGGGCUGGAAAAAGACUCCCCAACCACACCCUCAAGUUCUCCAUUAAAGAAGGUGAAGCAGUAUCUUUUGUUCUAGGCAUCAUUUCCUCUCCUGUCCAUGUCGGAGUUCCCUUCAGUAUUCCUCUAGAUUUUAGGGAUGAGUUUGAUUAUCCCACCCAGCCACCCUGUGACAUUAAACCCCAGCUGGAAUGUAGUUCACUACAGCUGAGUUAUGAGGGAAUCGCAUUUGGGACCACUUGUGUCAUCAAAAAUGUGAGGGCAAUGGGAAAGAUCAGUCAUCAAAACAAGAUGGACACAGUGAAGGUGCACAUCCCAGGACUGAAGCAGGACAGCCAGUCUCUUCAAAUUGUUCUGCAACCUGGCCCUCCGCACACUCUUGUGGUGUUUCCAGAAGAUGAUGUGCUCUCUGUUGAGAAUCGAACUCCAGCAAACUUCAAAGUUGAGGUUCACGAUGAGCACCAGAAUAUCACCACUCAGCCUAAACUCAGCGUCCGCUGCCAGUUGCUGGGAGCCCCUGAUCUGCCCGUGGAUGUUGUGGACUGCAGUAACACCGGCUCUGGACUCCUGCUGACCAAACCACUUCUGCUGAAGACUGUAAAGGCUGAGCAGAUCCUUACUGCUAAGUUCAACAUUCCUAACCACAGGACUGUGGCAUGCGUGGAACGCAAGCUCCGAGUCUUGCCCAGCUCACGAAUAUCCCGUUUGGAGGUCUACAGACAGGAAGAGGGCUCUGAAGAUGUCAUGGUGCUGCAGAACGCUGAGCGCAUUGAUUGGACGGCAGGAGACACGCUAGGAAACCUGCGCUUCAAACUGUAUGAUGAGGGCAAUAGACUGGUUUCCCUUCAGCGAAAACUCACCGACAAGAUUAAGGUGAAUUGGACGGCAGAUAUAAACACACAAGAGCUUUCUCAGGGAAAACUGCCUCCUUUAUGUGUCCCGUCUAAAGCACAGAGAGACCAUUUCUACCACGUGUCUUUCCACGAUCAGCACACAGUCAACUUUUCCUUCAUCAUUGUGCCUCGUCCAGAUGAGCCUGAGCGUUUGCGGGUCAACCUCAGCGAGUCAACGGUGAAAAUGGGAGAAGUUCUGUCUGGAAACAUUUAUGUAGAAGUUGUUGAUCAGUACGGGAAUAAAACGGACUGUCUGAAAGCUGAUAUUGUGAAGACUCUGAGUGUGUCUGCUGAUGGUCUGGAUAAAUCAGCUCUGGCCGUUGAAUGGCAGGCCAGCAGUGGACUGUUGUCUGUAUGUGGGGUCCGGUUCGUGGGAGGAACUCCUGGGCCGAGGGAGUUGUGCUUUAAGUAUCAGGACAUGAAGGAAGUUGUGCGAAUCGAAGUCACCGCGGGACCUCCGGUACAGAUAAAGCUGCUGGACAAGCCGGAGAUGCCUCUGCAGGUCGUGAAUGGCCAGGGCUUGGACGCUCCGCUGGUCGUGCAGCUGUGUGACGAAUGGGGAAAUCCUUCACCAGACCAGCGGAUUGAAAUUGUGAUGAAGGCUCUGAUGCCUCAGUUGAAGAUAAAGUCUUUAAUAUCAUCUCAGCCUGUGGCAGAAGGAAAAGCUUUCUUUGUGUUAGAAGCUAUAAGUGGUCCAAAAGGGGUGCAUCAGUUGGCGUUUCGGGGGUCUUUUGGCAGGAACGGGAUUCCUGGACCUGUAGUAAAACUGAACUUGAUUCCUGACCCCAACAAACCCGUCGAACUCUCUAUUAAAUAUGACAGUGCUGCUUCCUUACAUGCAGGGGACAUUUUCCCAGUGUUUACAGUGAUCGUGAUUUCUGAGGAAGGCACGCCGGUGAGAAACAUCUGCCCAGCAAACCUCUCGAUGCUGCUGUGGAAGGGCACGGUAUCAGGCUCCUAUCCACCCUCUACCGCCUCGACUCUGAAGUGUAGUAAACGCAAAGACACAGAAACGGACGACUGCUUCUGCUUCAGGGAUAAGCAGAUUCCAGAGCUUGCAGGACAAUAUGUUGUCCAGUUUGUGUUGGCUUUGGACAAAACCAAACAUCUGUGGAGCGAGCAGACUCCACUAAAUGUUGUUGCUAAUAAAGCGGUGAAAUUAGCCCCUGAGGCUCCACCUUCAACUCCUGUUGUGUCCAAUGGUAGCAUUCGGGCCAAUCGCACACUGCUGGACAGCUUGAAUCUGAAGAUCAUGGACCAAUACAGUAACGCUGCUGGUGAGGGUUUAGAUGGAAAAGUAAUUGUUACAGUAAAAGGCACAGGAGACGUGCUUCCUUUGUUUGAGAAUGGAGAUUCAAGUGUGUCAUACAGCCUCACUAACGGGGAGACUCUCAUUACUGAUUUGGCUCUUUUGGAGAACAGUCCUGGUGUGGAUGGAGCCGAGUACAUCCUUCUGUUCAGUCCUGAGAUUCAUCAGAAUAGUGUUACCAUCGCUGCAUAUAUCCUGCCUUUCAGAUUCUGCAACGAUGCAGAACAUCAGAAAGUCAUUGUGAGUCUCAGUAAGAAGAAAGAUCGCCUUUCCCAAACCGUUUUUAUGUACCAGGAAUUCUUUGAAACCAAUAAUCAACUAACAUCUGAACUUGAAUGUCAGGUGCGAGAUGCAACCCAGAAAUUAAAUGAGCUCAAACCAGAACUCAUGAAAUGUGGUUUAGACGUCUCAGAACUAACCACUGUAUCCAAAAUAGAGAAAGUUAUAAAUGACAAGAAAGCAAUUUUGACCAAGAUAGAGAAUCAGCCUCUGCGGAAAUGCGGCAUUCCUGACCCUUUCAAAGGCAGCCCGCAGGUUCUGGGAAAGGUCGGUCAUCUGGCACUGGUGGAGGAGGAUGAUGCAGCGAAGGUGAUCUCUUGGCAUCUUCUGGGAGACAUGGACUGUGUGGUUACUGAAACAACAUCUGCUGCCAAGAAAAUCUAUGAUGAUACACAAGGACGACAACAAGUCAUUCCCCUCGAGACGGUCUUCUGGAGACCAAAUGACAGGCCUCUGCCUCACAUCAGGAAUGGCUUACCUCUCUUCAGUCCAACUGGUAAUCCUGUGUUUGUAAAAGACAGGCUAAUUUUUCCUGAGCACGCAGAAAGCUGCAAUAAAGUUUUUGCAAGUCUUCUCGGAGACACCAUACUAAUUGAUGAUUUGGAUUCUGCUAAUCAUUAUCGUCGGGGGGUGGUUCAGAAUAAGAUGCAGUGUCCCACGCUCUUAACGCGUCAGGGAGAGAGGAUACGCAGCAACGGGAAAUUCGGAGGACUGCAGAACAAGGCUCCGUCCAUUGAGAAGCUUCGAGGACAAGUGUUUGGGGCACCAUUACCCAAAGAGCAUAAGCACACACGCCAUGAGAUAGAGUUACUGCAGCAGUGUUGUGUUGCAAUGCAGAAGGCCUCUCAGGUCCGGUUUGAGUAUAGCUGUCAUUUGCGGUACCUGCAGAGUCCUGAGAUGAAACAGAAACAACAAGACCUCCAGCAGCAAGAGCAAGAGUUAAGGGAACUUGAUGAAACCCUUGCCAGCACUCCUAAGCGACUGUACGCUGUAAGAGUGAAAAGGAGCCUUGAGCCAGAAACGCCCGAGCCCUCAGUCCCUUCUAAAAGAUCCCGGCGCAAAACACGCAAACUGGAUUCAUGAAGUUGCAUGAGCUGACAACUGAUGCAGUACUUUUUUUUAUUAGUUUAUUCAGUGUCAAAGAUUGUUUCAUAUUUUAUGUUCAUUGCAAAUCUUUUUUUUUUUUUUAUCACUGUUUGCAGAUUAUAACUUGUUGUCUGAUUUAAGCAGAAAGCGAAAAAAAGUUAAAUAAUUGGACUGUGUCCAUAAUAUAUUUUGUAUCUUUCUUGAAGGAAAAAACGUUUUUACACUUA